AUGAAAAAAGUAUCUGAAAAGACACAAAAAGCAUACAACAAGGAAAACCCCAAAUCCUUCAAAAGAAGAGAAGAACAGAAGAGAGAAAACAGAAAAGAAAGUAGAGGUAAUUACAAAAAGGAAUACAAAAAAGAUAAGAAUGAAACAAACAAAGGAACGAAUAAAAAACUCAGAUAUGUCUUAAAAGUUGACACGGAUGGUGAGUACAAAAAUAAGAGGAAUAAAGAAAAGGCUGAUAUACAAAAAAAAAGAAAUAAUAAAAGAAGAAGUUUAUCAGUAGUGAUACCCAAUUAUGAAAAGGACAUAAUGAAUAAUAUAAAACUAGCUGAUAAAAUAUAUAAACUAUCGACUAACAAAUCAAGCGAUGAUGAUUCUUACGAAUCAUAUGAUACUAGUGAAAGAAGUACUAGUUCGAAAAAUGAAAAGAGAAAAAAUUAUUGGAAAAGCAAAAAAAUUAAAAAUAGAAGAAGCCUAAGUUGUGGGAACUAUAACUCAGAUAGUAGUAAUACUCAAAUAAAUAAAAAAUUUGAUAUUAAUAUUAAUGAGGUUCAAACAAAGUAUAAAAAUAAAAAUAUAAAAAUUAUAUAUGAUGAUGGGGGAGCUAAAAGGAUUGUAGUGAAAAAGAAAAGAAAAAAUAAGAAGGAAGGAAAACAAAAUGAAGAUAAUGAUGAAGAAGAUGAGCAAGAUGAUGAAGAUGUCGAUGAAGGUGAUGACGAAGACGAAGAGGAUGACGAUAUUGAAGAUGAAGAUACUGACGAUGAUGAAAAUGAUGAAGAAAAUGACGACGAUGACGAUUAUGAUAAUGAAUGUGAUGAAGAUGAAGUUCAUAAUAAACGAAAUGUUCUUAAUAAUCGUAGGGAAAAAAAAAAGAAAGAAUCAAAAGAUAAUACAAAAAAAUUAAAAAAUGGGGAAAAAAAAAGUAGUAAGUAUAAAAAAAUAAAAAGUAGGAAGAAGGAGAAAGAAAACGAAAAAAAUACAAAAAACUUAUAUAAUGUAAAAAAAAAAAAAAAAAACAUAGCAUUAAGUGAUAGUUAUUCUAGAGAAAAUACAAAACUAAAUAUGAACAAAAUGAAAAAUAAAUUACAUGAACUCAAAGAGGAUGAAGACGAAAACAAAAAACAAAAUAUAAACAAAUUUGAUAAUGAUAAAAAAUAUGUAGAUAUGAAUUAUGAAAAUAUGAAAAGAGGAAAUAAGCGAUAUUCAAGUAUGUAUGAAAAAAGGAGGGUACAUAAUACUAAUGAGUAUGGAGAAAAUGAAAAAAUGAUAUAUGAUCAGACUAAGUGUGAUCAAAAUGAAUAUUAUCUAACUAAAUAUCCACCAAAUGAGUAUAAUCCAAACAAAUACCAUCCGAAUGAAUAUAAUCCAAACAAGUAUCUUCCGAAUGAGUAUAAUUCAAACAAGUAUCAUCCGAAUGAGUAUAAUCCAAACAAGUAUCAUCCGAAUGAAUAUCAUCCGAAUGAGUAUCGUUCAAAUGAAUAUCAUCCAAAUCAAUAUAAUACGAAUAAACAUAUGGAUGCUACAUCGAAUGCAAUUAAAAAUAUGUACUAUUCAAAAGAAAAGAAAAAUACAUUACAUACAAGCUCCGAAUAUGUUAAUAUAAAAAACAAAGAAAUGAACAAUAAGCUUUUUCUUAAUAUAAAAGAAUUUAUUUUCAAAAUGCAUUUAAAUCUCGAAAAUAUUAAAGAAAUGAUCAAAAAUAAGAAUGAUUAUUUGUUAACAACAUUUCAGUCAUCUUAUCAUAAUAUUGUAGACUAUUGUAAAAAAAAUGAGGUACAAAAAGAGAAUUUUUAUAAAAUAAUCUUUCAAGAUUUAUUUAGUUUAUUAAAUGAAUUUAUUAUGGUGGAUGAUUAUACCAAGAGGUUUUUUUUUAGUGUUGAAAGAGAUGUGAGACAAAAAUGUUUGGAAAAUAUAAAAAGUGAAUUUUAUAAUUUUAUAAAUAAAUUUAUAAAUCCAAAUGAGAAUAACAAAAAUGUAUUAUCUUCACAAUGUAAAAAUGAUGAAUGGUUAGUUUCAUCGGAUAGAUACAAAAAUAGUACGAUGAAUAUACAAGAAAUGCUCACAAGUAAACAAGAGAAACCUAGUAAUAUAUUUUCCACAAUAUCUAUGUUACACAGUAAUGCUACUAAUAAUAGUCAUGUUAAUGGGAUGAAUUUUAACAACAAUACAUCUUAUGAUCAAAAUAUUAGAUAUACAAAAAACUCCUUAUCCAGUUUGCAUAAUAUAAAUAAUGAAAAUAUGGUUAAGAGUGAAAUUUUAAAAAUUGAUCGUUUGAAUAACGACUUGGUUCUAAAACUUAACAAAUCAAGCAUAUUUCAAAAUACAAACGAUGAAAAUAUUAAUGUAAUAGAAUAUUUAAAAACUCUUGUAAAAAAUGAAAAAGAAAAAUAUGUUAAAUUAGAAUUUUUAUAUGAUGAAAUAAAGCAAAAGUAUGAUUUACUUCAAAAAAAAAGAGAAGAUGAUAUAUAUUAUAAACAAUCACAUAUAUCGAAUAAUAAUAAAAUACAUGAAGAGGAAAAUUUAUCUUUUUUUGAAAAAUUGUACAAGAGCCAAUCUAUUGUAAAAUACGAAGAACAGAAAUUAGAAGAUUCCUCCAAAAAGAUUAUAGAAGAAAGCUUGAAACUUAGCAAAAUAAAAGAAAUUAACGAACAAAAUAAGAAAGAUUUAGAAAUAGAAAAAGAAUUAAUAAAAAAAGAAAACGAGGAAAUAAUAAAUGAAAAUGAAUUAUUAAUAAAGAAAAAAAAAGACAUGGAAAAUGAUAUACUAGUUAUACAACAACAGAAAAAAGAUAUUGAACUGGAAAUAGAAUUGGUGCAGAAAAAAAAGGAAAACAUGCAAAAGGAAAACGAACUCUUAGAUGACAAAAAAAAAAAAUUGGAUGAGGAAAAUGAACUGUUGGAUGAUAAAAAAAAAAAAUUGGAUGAGGAAAAUGAACUGUUGGAUGAUAAAAAAAAAAAACUAGAUGAAGAAAACGAACUCUUAGAUGACAAAAAAAAAAAAUUGGAUGAGGAAAAUGAACUGUUGGAUGAUAAAAAAAAAAAAUUGGAUGAGGAAAAUGAACUGUUGGAUGAUAAAAAAAAAAAACUAGAUGAAGAAAACGAACUCUUAGAUGACAAAAAAAAAAAAUUAGAUGAGGAAAAUGAACUCUUAGAUGACAGAAAAAAAAAAUUGGAUGAAGAAAAUAUUCUUUUGGAGGAAAGAAAGAAAAAAAUGGAUGAAGAUAAUAUUCUCUUGGAUGAGAAAAAAAAAGAAAUAGUUAAUGAUCACAAUACGUUCAUACAAACAGAACAUAAUUUAUUAAAUGAAAAGAAAACCAAAAUACAAGAGGAUUAUAAUAUAAUUGAAGCAGAAUUAAAAGAAAUGCAUAGUAAAAAAAUAUUAUUGGAAGAAACAAAAAUAAAAAUUGAAAAUGAUGAAAAUGAUAUAAAAAGAAAACAAUCACAGAUAGAAAAUAUAUAUAGAAGAAAUAGUAUGAUGAUAGAUAAUAUAAAUUCAUAUUCAUAUAAAUCGAAUGUAAAAACGAAGACAUUCAAUUUCGACAAUAAUAUAGAAGAAGAAGAUAAAAUAACACAAAAAAAAAAUACUAAAAUAUAUACUGAUGAUAUCUCAAAUAUGUUGACGAAAAAUAAUAAAUCCAGUAUUUACAGUAUAAAUAGUGAAAAGGAUAUAAUAAUAAAUGAACAAGAAAUAUAUAGUAAUAAAAAUAAUACUUUUAAUAAUGAUAUAGAAAAGGAUCUUACGAAUGUAAUGGAAAAAAAUAAUAAUUUCAAUAAUAUAUCAUACAAAAAAUGUCAAAGUAACAUUUAUGAUAUAAAUGAUAGUAAUAAUAAGUUUCUUAUGGACACAGAAAGUAUUAUAAAGAUCCAAAAUGAUAUUAAUGAAAAGGUAAAGUUACUUAAACAAAGAGAGGAAAUAUUUUAUGAAGAAAAAAAAAAUUUUGAAAAAGAAAAAAAUGAAUUACAUUUAUUAAAAGAAAAUGUUUUAAAUAAAAUGAAUAUUAUAAAAGAUAGAGAAAAUGAACUUAAUAAAAAAGAAGAAGAAUUAAAAAAAAUGAAAGAAAUAUUAUUAAGUAAAGAAAAUAUCAUAAAUUAUUCAUUAAAUUCAUCUAAAAUAAAUAAGGACAAAUUGGAAUAUAAUAAAUUAGAAGAUGUCACGAAAAAAGGAGACAUCAAUAUGUCAACAAUGAAAAGUUUUAAGUCUCAUUUAAGUGAUACAAAUAAUAUCCAACCAUUUAAAAACGAUAUCAAUAAUGAUAAAUUGUAUGAAGAUAAUAUAUCAUCUUAUGGAAAUAACUUAUCACAUGAUAACAAUAUGAAGUAUGAUAAUAACUUGUCGUGUGAUAAUAAUAUGUCACAUGAUAAUAACAUGGCACGUGAUAAUAACAUCUGUCAUAGUAAUAAUAUAUCUUAUGAUAACAACCCCUCGUAUAAUACACAUAUGAAAUUAAGCGAAUUAGAGGAGAAUAACGAAAAUAAAAAUAAAGAUAAUAUAGAUUAUUAUGAUAAAGAUAAUUUUGUUGAUAGAAAUAAUAUCAUUAACCAUAACAACUUUAAUAUAUCAAAAAUUUCAAAUGAUAGCAUUUCAGGAAAUAUGGAUAUGAAUGAAUUACAUGAUAAUUUAAAUAACAGUUUGAAGGAAAUAGAAAUGUAUAAGAGUUUAUUAAAAAGUAGAGAUUCAGAAAUAAAUACAUUAAAAUUAAAAAUUGAAAAACAAAGGACUGAAGAAAAGUGGAAACAAAAUAAUAUAAACCAAUUAAAUGAUAUCAGUUCUGAUAUGAAUAAUAUAUAUAUUAAUGGAAACAUAAGUAAUGGAGUGAAUUAUGAUACUUCAAUGCAUGUACUUGAGUUACCAGAAAGGAAAUUUUUGAAUUUAUCUGAAGUGGAAGAUAAUGAAAAAAUGAAAAGUAUCCUAAGUAAUGAACUUGUAUCAUUAUAUAAAGAAAUAAAUAAUAUCAAAGAGGAAUAUAAUAUAAAUGUACUCAAGAAAAAUGAAUUUAUUGGAAAUCUUUUACUUAAUUUUUUAAAUGAUUUAAGAAAUAAUUAUAGAUUAAAAGAAAAUUACUAUGAAAAAGAGGUUCAUAAAAGUCAAAUAAUUAUAAGCGAAAGGGAGGAUUUCAUAAAGGAACUUCAGAAUACAUUGAAUGAAAAAAAGUUGAAAGAAAUAUCUUAUAAAAAGAUGCUGUUAAAAAUGAAUCAAAUAAAUGAUACAUAUAAAUUAAAAAACAAAAGAAGUUUAUCUACUGUCGAAUUAUUAAAACAAGAUAUAAAAUUUCUAAAUGAAGAUGUUUUAAAAAAAAAAGAAAUGAUUAAAAAAUUUGAAGUAUCUAAGUGA